AGCGCUCCAGCACCGGAUCCAGGACCUGGCACCCCAACAGCGGGGCUGUCCCCCUCCUCCCCGACCGCGUCCGGGCGCGCAGCCCCCCGCGAGCGCCCAUCACCCUGGACCCUGGCGCCGAGCCCUGGCAUCGCCAUCCGGAGGCCGAGACUCUCUCCUGGAGUCCCCCAGGGGAGAUGGAGCCGCCUCAGUGUGUGGAGGAGCUGGAGGACGAUGUGUUCCAAGCAGAAGAUGGGGAGCCAGGGACCCAGCCCGGGAGUCUGCUGUCUGCUACCCUGUUUGCCCAGAGCCAGCUGGACUGCCCCCUCAGCCGGCUUCAGCUCUUCCCUCUCACCCACUGCUGUGGCCCUGGACUUCGACCCACCAGCCAGGAAGACAAGGCCACUCAGACCCUCAGCCCGGCCUCCCCCAGCCAGGGUGUCAUGCUGCCCUGUGGGGUGACUGAAGAGCCCCAGCGACUCUUUUAUGGCAGUGCUGGCUACCGGCUCCCUCUCCCUGCCGGUUUCCCCGCAGCCCAGCAGCCCCCCGAAGGCCACCGCGUGGAGGUGCAGAUCGCCCGGAAGCUGCAGUGCAUCGCCGAUCAGUUCCAUCGGCUUCAUACGCAGCGGCACCAGCAGCACCGGGACCGAGCCUGGGGGCAGGUCCUCCUCUUCCUGCACAACCUGGCCUUGAACCGAGAAAACAGGGACCGGGCGGGCCCCAGGGCCUCAGCCAGGGAUGGGGCCUUUGUCAGACACUGUUGACAGCCCGGCCGGGGACUCCCGAAGCUCUGACAAGUGAAUUCCUCCUUCAGCACUGCUGGGAGGCGGUGACCGCGUAGCCCGGGCUCCAGGAAGUGGGCGCCAGCUUCUCUGUAGGAACUUGGUGCAGAAAUAGGAGGCGCUGUUAGCCCUUCCCCGCCGCGAGCGGGGAGCCGCGGGUGUGACGGUCCCGCUGCUUUCACUCACCGGGGCCAGCUGGCCGCUUCCACGUCUGGAGUCUCGCGUGACCCCGUCAGGGCCAGCCCAGGGGCUCAGGGAUUCCUUGUCCAGACCCCGCCAUUCAAAGGUGCCAAGAAAUGAACCAGGCCUGCUUUCGUCCCCACAGAGACCCCCAGAUCGGUGCUGAGAUGCAGAGCCUGCUGCCCCCCCCGUCUUGGGACACCCUUCCUCAGCUCUGUUCUCAGAUGACCCAGCGCUUGGCCUGUGUCCGCCCUCAGCAUAGCCAGUGCGGGACACAGGGGGGAGAGGUUGCAUGGGGUGGGGGGGGGCUAGGAAAUGGGGUAACCACGCCACAGGUAAGAGAGGACCCCAGGCCGGCUGGUUUCGGUGGAAACACGUACCUCCAUCCUUGUACCCCAUUCCUUUCUCAAAGUUUAGGGGGGCAGAGGAAGAAGCCAGAAGAGUGGCUUUGUCAUCUGAAACGUGACUUCUGAAGAACCGGACGAUGGUUAGAAGGGGAGGGUGGGCAUGCACGUCCUGUCCUGCAGCUUCCAGAGGAGCAAGCCAGAACCCCGGGGGUGCCCCGCUCCUCUAGACUUCCUUCCGUCUCCGCCACAGUGCCGGGAAUUGAAGGCCGCCACUGGGCCGCUCUGCUGGCAGACGCAGGAAGCUGUUAACCAGACUCUGAGGAAUGAAAUGAUCAUCGUCGCCUAUGAGAGAAAAGAUGACGUUGGUGCUAAUGAUGAAAGCAUGAAGACCCAAAGACCAGACGGCUCCCCUGGGCAGACAAGACUUCAAGCAGACUGGACUCGAGAACCUGAGCAAGUCGGAGCUGCUGCAGCCGUGCAGGGAGGAGCUCACCACGCCUGUGAGAGGACCGCCGGGCAGGUUGUGCACUGCACAGGGCGUCGGCGGAGGGAGCAGACGCAGGCUGAGCUGCCCUGUGCUUUGCUGCCGUGUGUCCGACAGGGAGCAGCCGUCUGUCCCGCCCGGGUGCCUUUCCUAAUUUGCACAAAGGUACCAUACGCCGUCACGGUGGUCCACGCGUGAACGCCGCUGUCCUCCCAGCGGGGGACAUUACCUCUUCUUCUCAAGAACCAUAUUCUCAGGGUGCGUGUCAGGUUUGCCCGGCCUCGCGGGGGCCGGGGACGGGCUUGCGAUGGCCGGUGCAAGGCCCAGCCUUCCUCGCGUCCCGUGCUGAGCGUCGUGACUGCGGCCGCUGCGUGGCCUUCCCUUGUCCUCGCCGGGGCUGAGACGGGCAGGCGGCCGCCGUGUGCUGUGUGCGUGCGCCCCCGGGCACCAUGGCUGGCCGCUCGUAGCCGGUCUGAGUGAGUGGUCCGGACCUCCGUGCGCAGGCGGAGCCAUCCGUCUCAGAGAGCUGGCCACGCUCGGUGGGCGGCUGCCCCGCUGUGCUGAGCUCUGGGCCUGGAGAUGGCCGCGUCCCCCGCGCACAGGGUCGGGGAGCGGGCGGACGCCGGUCCCAUGCGCUGGCUGCAGCUCAGGCCAUGCCGGGAGAUCCCACUGAAUCACAGGCCAGCCAAGGCCAAGCCAGAACCCUUCUGUCUCCCCCUCCAAACACCAACCUGGAUGGGGCCAUGGCUCCAAGGUAGAGCCCCCUACCUCUGUCCAAAUGCCCCAGGAGACCCUCUGGCUGGCCCUUUUGAUUGGUCCUGAUUGCCCCUGUCCUCUGCUGGGUGAGCUGGCUUUACAUUCCCCUCCCAGUCCAGCCUCAGGAGAUAGUCUCUCCAUGUCCGCCCCCCCCCCCAUGUUCCCCUCCCCCACCAAGACCCUGGCUGUCUCUAGGGAGGGGUGGAGGUUUGGAUUGAGAGGCCGGAGGGGGUGAUCUGGGUACUGUAACGGCAGAGGACGUGGGGGGAUUUUGUGGGGGGCUGAGGAGUAGGUGGGGGAGAGGGUUCAAAUCCCCUUCCUAGUGCAGCAUGCCCCCAAACAGCUGAGUUCAGGGCCACUAGUAGGGAUUUCUAGAAGCCAAACAAAACUCCCCGACCCCCAGGCCAGACACAGACCCCCUUCCC